AUGCUUAGAUCUAAUCCAAUAAAUAAGUUAAGAUGCCUUUCAAGGUCACUUAGUACGGCUAUUCCAUCAGUUCCGCAGUUUAAGACAUCAAUACUUCCAAAUGGAUUAACGGUGGCCAGUGAAGUUAUGCCAGGAACCAAAACAGCUACUGUUGGGGUAUGGAUUAAUGCUGGUUCAAGAGCUGAUAAUCCGAAGAGUAGUGGUACUGCUCAUUUCUUGGAGCAUUUGGCGUUCAAGGGAACUGGGAAACGGUCUCAAUUAAAUUUAGAACUUGAAAUUGAGAACUUGGGAUCACAGAUUAAUGCAUAUACAUCUCGUGAGAAUACUGUUUAUUAUACUAAGUGUCUCGAGAAUGAUAUUUCCCAAAACAUAGAUAUUUUAAGUGAUUUAUUGACAAAAUCUAAAUUGGAAGCAAGAGCGAUUGAAAACGAAAGACAUGUUAUUUUACAAGAAAGUGACGAAGUGGAUAAGAUGUAUGAUGAGGUUGUCUUUGAUCAUUUACAUGCUGUCGCCUUCAAAAAUCAAGAUCUUGGUAGAACAAUCUUGGGACCAAGAGAACUCAUUAAGACAAUCAAUAGGAGUGACUUAGUAAACUAUAUUCAAACAAAUUAUAAAGGCGAUAGAAUGGCAUUAAUUGGAGUCGGUUGUGUCAAUCACGAUGAAUUGGUUAAGAAAGCUGAACAAUUUUUUGGCCAUAUAAAAAAGAGUGAAAUUCCUUUUACUCAAAAUGGAGGUGAUCUUCCUAUAUUUUAUGGCGAUGAAAUUAGAAUUCAAGACGAUUCAUUACCUAAUACAUAUGUUGCUUUGGCCGUCGAGGGUGUGAGUUGGUCAGCUCCUGAUUUCUUCACUGCAUCUGUUGCGAAUGGUAUUGUCGGAACCUGGGAUAGGUCUAUUGGAAUUGGAUCCAAUUCACCCUCGCCUUUAGCUGUGACAGCAGCGACUGGUGGCCCAAAUCAAACUCCUAUUGCCAAUUCUUAUAUGGCUUAUACAACAUCUUAUGCUGAUACUGGCUUAAUGGGUGUAUAUUUUACGGCUGAAAAGGAUGCAGAUUUGAAGUUGUUUGUUGAAGCUGUACAAAAGGAAUGGUCCAGAUUAAAGUCGAAUAAUAUAACUGAUGAUGAAAUUGAAAGGUCUAAAGCCCAACUAAAGGCCUCAUUGGUUUUAGCCUUAGAUGAUUCAACUGCAAUUGCAGAGGAUAUCGGAAGACAACUUGUCAACACUGGUAAUAGGUUGUCGCCAGAGGAUGUGUUCGAAAGAGUGGAAUCAAUUACUAGAAAAGACGUUGUUGAUUGGGCUAAUUAUAGACUUAAAGAUAGACCAGUCGCUGUGUCAGCCAUUGGUAACGUUAAAACUUUGCCUUCUCAUAAAGAGAUUACUAAAGGUAUGUCAUUAUAA